GACUGGGGAGUAUUGAGUUCGCUAUAACGUUUACUACUAUGCAGAAGGACACGUUUAACUUAAACGUUCUCGUAAUUUUGUACAUUUAAUUUGUUCUGACAGCCCCAACUCAUCUGUCCACAGAAAAUAAUUUGGAAGAGCGCAAUUUUAUUGAGUGGUAACAUAAACAUAAAUUGUUAUUUUGUCUUUUCGAGAACACAACCCCUCACAUUGUUGAACUAUUCACUAAACUACAGAACCUUUUCCGUUUUAUUUAGCGGCCUAGGUCUUGAUCGUACUCAAUGCUGUCCAGAUACCUGAUUUUAACUGAGUGGUAGUCCUUUGAGAGUUUUGUCAAGGUGUGUAAAGAAUUGCCGAAAAUAACACCGCAUCGUUUUUGGAAUUUCAACGAAUUCUCAUCAAACCAGAAAGUAACGUGAGUUGCCAUGAGUUGCCUCUCUCUACUCUUCCUUAUUGUUGGUAUUUCUGGGGCAUGUUCCGGCUUCAAGAUCUGUGCCUUCAAUGUCAGGAACUUUGACAUUGCCAAAUCAACCAACUACAGGGUGAUGCAUACUCUGACGAAGGUUGUCUCUCGUUGUGACAUCUGUCUCCUUCAGGAGGUAAAAGAUGUACAGGGGAAAGUUGUUAAAGCCCUAGUAGGGAGUCUCAACAGGUACAGUAUAAGAUAUGAUGACCACUAUCACUAUAAAUCUGUAGCCAGUGGAGGUUUGGGUUCAAAACCAAAUGACACAGACCAGUAUGUCUAUCUUUACAGGAAUGAGACUGUGGAGGUGAAAGAUAAGUACCAGUACGCUGACAAAAAGAAUGCUUUCUCCAGAGACCCAUUUAUUGUUCGAUUCCAAGCCAAGGCUACAGAGAUAGAAGACUUUGCUCUGAUCCCGUUGCACACUGUGGCCAUCGAGGCAACCAACGAGAUUGACCAGCUCUAUGAUGUCUUUGAGGAAGUCAAAUUGAAGUGGAAAUCUACGCAAGUGAUGUUCCUUGGAACCCUCAAUGCUGCUUGUGGGUACAUGACAGGAAAGGACAAGGCAAACAUUCGACUAUUCUCGAACCCUGGAUUUUACUGGUUGAUUGGGGACAAGGUCGAUACAACUGUUAGAGCUAUCUCCAACUGCGCCUAUGACAGAAUUGUGGUACACGGACAGCCCUUCCUGAAAGCCAUAAAACCUUAUUCAGCGAAGGUCUUCAACAUUGCAAAAGAGUAUAAACUCACAGUUGACAAGGCUCUGGAAGUGAGUGACCACUUCCCAGUGGAGGUGGAGCUGAAGAUCAAAUCAUCAGGGCAGAUUCAAGCUCAGUUUCAGCCUGUCCUCCUAAUUGCCAUCACUGUUGUAACCUACGUCCUGGACAUCUUACCUUUCACCAGUGCAGUUUGAGGAGAAAAAGGCCUUUCCCAGGCAUGUGGACCAUGAGGAAUUUAUAAAUUAUUGUUCUUUGGUAUAGACCGAUCAAAUUCCCCUGAGCAGUGGGUUAUCCCACACGGGACAUCCUAAACCUUUCCUUAGGGACUCCCAGGCCAAUAAAUAGACCUAUUGAAUAUUUAAUUAAACUACUUAUGGAAUUUUGCAAGCAACAGCUUUGUACUGUAAUUAUGCUACAUCCUGUUGCUGUAGCUGUUUUAGCAGCACAUCUUUCUUUGGACAGUAUAUGUAAUUGGUCAACGAUUCUAAUGGAAUUUGAGUCCACUUCCACUUCUUCAUAUCUAAUUCAGAAACUAUGAUGUGGUGCACCCUGUGCACUGCUGGCAAACAAUGUACUCCAUCAGAACUCAAUUAAACAAUCAAAUUCCAUACUCCUACCCUUCCUAUAGGCCAAGUCAACAUACUUUUGCAAAAUACUCAAUGCUUGACAAGCUUAUGUAGUUAAGCAGUAAAGGAGAAAAUGUUACAUUUCCAUUUGCCAGCUUGUGCAUGUUGAAGGAAAAGCUAAUGUACUGAUUCUAUGCAUGGAAUGUACUUAAAGGUCAAAAUAAAAAUGUACAAUCCACCUGAAAUGUCUUGACUUAAACCACCUCUUUUUAAG